UCCCUGAUUGCUUUUUUCUGCAAUUUACUGCCACCUUCUCUCUUUUUUUUUUUUUUUUUUCUUUCUCUCCGGAACCGAAACUGUCAUAAUGUAACACAACCCGGCUUUCUGGAAUUAAAAGCGCUCCGGAAGCCGCCGCGGACAUAAAUCUGUUUAUUUUUUGAUGGUUUGGCACGACGAUAGCGACUGAGCCUGCAGGCUGCAUCCAGAGGUUUGCGAGAUGUAUUCGGUUGUGUGAACAAGCAGAAGGUCAACUUGCUUAUUUAUGUCCUGCACUCAUUUCCUUCCCCCGGCCGUCGUGAAUUUGCCAAUCUCAUGAUAGCUUUCUGUUUUCCUGCAGGUUUACACCAGAUAUGGGAAAUGCUACACCUUUAAUGGGAACAAGACGACAUCCAGGAAAAGCAAGCAAGGUGGAAUGGGGAAUGGACUGGAGAUCAUGUUGGAUAUCCAGCAGGAUGAAUACCUGCCAAUAUGGAGGGAGACAAACGAGACGUCUCUGGAGGCCGGGAUCCGGGUUCAGAUCCACAGCCAGGACGAGCCGCCGUACAUCCACCAGCUGGGCUUCGGAGUCUCGCCGGGCUUCCAGACCUUUGUUUCAUGUCAAGAGCAAAGGUUGACCUACCUGCCCCAGCCCUGGGGGAACUGCCGCUCCAGCAGCAAUGAGAAGUUCCCAGGAUACGACACGUACAGCAUCAGUGCCUGUCGCCUGCUCUGCGAGACCAAGGAGGUGGUGCGGGUGUGCAACUGCAGGAUGGUGCACAUGCCCGGAACCGCAGAUAUCUGUCCUCCCAGUAAAAUCAACUGCGUUGACAAAGCUCUUGCACAGCUCCAAAAGAGCAGCGGGGACAGCUGCCCGUGUGAGACGCCCUGUAAUCUCACCCGUUACGGCAAAGAGCUCUCCAUGGUCAAAAUCCCCAGCAAGGGCUCAGCUCGCUAUCUCUCCAGGAAAUACGACAAGUCCGAAGACUACAUCAGAGACAACUUCCUGGUCUUGGACAUCUUCUUUGAGGCGCUAAACUAUGAAACAAUCGAGCAAAAGAAAGCGUACGACGUUGCAGGUUUAUUAGGUGACAUUGGUGGACAGAUGGGUCUUUUCAUUGGAGCCAGUAUCCUGACGUUCUUAGAAAUACUCGAUUAUAUCUACGAGGUCAUCAAGCAGCGAUUACGACGUCUCCUGAGACCAAAGAGCAAAGAGGAGAAGAGCAAACAGCAGCCCAGCACUGUGGCAACUGUUGGUGUGGAGGACAACAAAACAGAGGAGCCUAACGCGACGACACGGAGUCACCCGGAGGGGGCGUACGCCAACACCAUGCUGCCCAACCACCACCACCACCCUAACCAUCACCACACGGGGCACCACGGGGUGUUUGAGGACUUCACCUGCUAGAGCCCACCGUACUUCUUUUUUUUUUUUCUUUCUUUCCUCCAUAGUUUCCUUUGCAUUGACAACGAAAGAAGACCCCCCCCCCCCCCACCCACCCCGCAGUGAAAAAGCUCCAGCCAAAGUCCGACACCCAACUUGUGCUGCUAACCAACCACGCGUGUGUACAGUAUAUAGCCACAGA